AUGAAGGAUAAGGUUAAUGCAGUAGUUAUGCCACCUUCCGAUGUAGAUAAUAAUACCAACGGGUUCAUAAAAUUCAUCAAUCCUCAAUGUCAAGAGGAUGACUUUUGUCCCGAGAACUCUCUUUUCCAAAACGAUAACGAAUGUAUAAAACAACAGCGUGAUAUAUUAAAUGAGCAAACCGCUCCCUUCCCAAUUUUAAACGAUCAGUGUCCUACUUUGGACCUUAGCGGAUCAAAUGAUGAUCUGAUGUUACAGAAUGAAAUACCUCUUUCUGAGAGUACUAAUUUCCAAACAGUUCAGUUAACGCCUAGCUCGGGUGACUGCUCUUCCUUUGCGAUGGCAGAUAACAAUAAAAACGACAAUGAUAAUUAUACUGAUACAAAUUGUUUUUCUAAAAAGAAGGAUAUUUCUCCAAGUUCGAGAACUCCCUCAGUUCCACAUAACGAAGAUGCCCCAGAGGACUCUAAAGCAAAGAAAAAGGCUCAAAAUCGAGCUGCCCAAAAAGCCUUCAGAGAGAGAAAAGAAGCCAGAAUGAAAGAAUUACAAGAUAAACUGUUAGAAAGUGAGAGGAACCGCCAAAGUUUAUUGAAAGAAAUUGAGGAGCUAAGGAAAGUAAAUACUGAAAUAAAUGCAGAGAAUAGGCUGCUACUACGGAGUGGUAAUGAAAAGUUCCCAAGGGACCUAAUUGAUGAUACCGAUCACAAAUAUUCUUUCCCCACCAAAGAUGAAUUUUUCACUUCUAUGGUGCUGGAAGGCAAACUGAAUAACAAAGGCAUGUAUUCACUUAAGGAUAAUGAAGUAAUAAUGAAACAAAAUACACAGUAUACUGACGAAGCAGGAAGACAGGUACUAACAGUCCCCGCUACCUGGGAGUAUCUUUACAAACUUUCGGAAGAUAGGGACUUUGAUGUGACAUAUGUUAUGAGCAAAUUACAAGGACAAGAGUGUUGCCAUACCCAUGGACCCGCGUAUCCAAGGAAUCUAAUUGAUUUCCUAGCGGAAGAAGCUGCUUUAAAUGAAUAA